AUCUUCUACUACUCUUCCCAGCUCCUCGGCUGACUUCGUCUCCACUCUCCGUCUCAAGUCUCUGUUAACAUGACGUUCAGAUCUCAGCGUUUCUCCGGGAGGUCUCUCUCCGCGGCCAGUGGCCGUUCGCUGGCCCCCGUCAGCUUCUCCAGCUUUGGAAGUCAGUCGGUGAUGGCUGGAGGUCUGCAGGGCGGCGGGUCUGGAGCCGGCUUGGGCUUCGGGUCUGGAGCCGGCUUCGGAUCUGGCGCUGGAUUGGGCUUCGGAUCUGGUUUUGGGUCUGGUUACGGUGCGGGUGGAGGUUCUUUCUCAGCUAGUUUGAGGACAGUUGGAGGCGCUCUCUCGGGUGGAGGAGGCGGCGGCUCCAUCGGGGCUAGUUUCAGGGCGGGUGGAGGUUCCUUCGCGGAAGCCGUGUCCAACGUCAUCAACGAGAAACAGCAGAUGCAAGUUCUGAACGACCGUCUAGCAACCUACCUGGAGAAGGUGAAGCGCCUGGAGACCACCAACCAUGAGCUCAACGAGAAGCUUCGCGCAUUCACCGUCAACAGAGUCCAGAGCAGCUUCAACCUGGAGCCCUACGAGAUCCAGAUAAAGCCGAUGCGCGAGAAGCUUCUGCUUCUCAUGCAGGACCACACACGCAUCGCUUUAGCCUUAGAUAACGCCAGACUGGCCGCUGAUGACUUCAGAAUGAAGUUCGAGACGGAGCUGGCCAUGCGUCAGUCUGUGGAGGGAGACAUCGGCGGCCUGAAGACGCUGAAGAAGGAGUACGACUCCACCAACGUCGUCUUACUGCAGGACGUCACGGGCCUGGAGAAGGAACGCUCCGCCCUCAGAGACGCCCACCAGGAGGACAUGGUGGCUCUGCGCGGGCAGAUGAUGGGCACGGUGACGGUGGACGUGAAGGAGAUCGAGAGCACGGAUCUGUCUCGAGUGCUGGCCGAGAUCCGCUCCGAGUACGAGACGGCCAUCGAGAAGAGCCAGCGCGAGGCCGAGGACUGGUACACCAAACAGGUGGAGAAGAAGCAGGCGGAGGUGGAGCUGGUCACAGAGAGCACCGUCAGCGGCAGCUCCGAGAUCACCGACAACCGCAAGCAGAGCCUGAGUCUGCAGACGCAGCUGGACGCCGCCCUGAUGGAGAAGGGCGGUCUGGAGCAGCGUCUGGUGGAGGUGCAGGCUCAGUACCAGGCCCAGCUCUUCUCUCUGGCUCAGCUGGCGGGCGGCCUGGAGGGCGAGCUCACCUCGGUGCGGGAGAGCGCUCUGCAGCAGAGCCGGGAUUACCAGCUGCUCCUGAGCACCAAGGUCCAGCUGGAGCGGGAGAUCGGCACGUAUAAAGCUCUGCUGGAGGGAGCCGGGGAGCUCAGCAGAAACCUCCAGAGUCCAGCCGUGAAGGUGGAGGUGAAGAGCGCCGCGCUGUCGUUCCCCGCCGGUGCAGGAGGCGGAGUCAAAGUCGCCGCUCCCUCUGAAGGACAGUCUGGUUCUGGCGCGGUGGUGGGCGGAGCAUCAGGAUACGCUCUGAUGUCACUGGAGGGCGUGGCCGGGGAGGCAGUGAUGUCAUCAGGCGGUCCAGCCCCUGAGGCGUAGUGUCCAGUGGAGGAGUGAGCGGGUCAUCAGGGCUCAGCCAAUCAGACGCUGACGUCAUCUACAGUGUGUGUGUGUGUGAGACUGUGACCGGCUUCAAUAAACUCAAAUCCUCAA